AUGGCGGCCGCCGACCAAAGGAAGACCGGUUUGACCCCGCUGGAGGCGGCGGCGGCAGAGGCGGGGGAGGCGGGGUCGGCGGGGGCGGCGGCACCAGCCUUACCCCUUUCGCGAUCGGUGUCACCAGAGUCUUCAGCUCGCGUCUACGUGAGGCCUAAACAUGUCGUUUACCCGCACGCCCCCAAGAACUCGCGCCUGUCUCGGUGCAUUCUGCGUUGGCUGCAGAGCCUGAACCUCAGCUUCUUCCCCAAGAACGUCAACAGGGAUUUUUCAAAUGGCUACCUGGUUGCAGAAAUACUCAGUAUAUAUUUCCCUUGGGAUCUUCACUUGUCAACCUUUGAAAAUGGAACUUCUUUGAAAGUGAAGUUAAGUAACUGGGGACAGUUGGAGAAGUUCCUGGCCAAAAGAUAUCUAAAAUUACCUAAAGAACUAAUUCAUGGAACAAUUCACUGUAAAUCUGGAGUGCCCGAAAUACUGAUUGAGGAAUUGUAUACCUUGUUGACUCAUCGAGAGAGUAAGAGCGUGGAGAGUGACCUUGUGAAUUUCACGGACUUUACUUACCAGAUGAGUCUGCCUCCGGUGUCCAGGUCCACGGCUUCAAAGUCUAUUAAAGAUAAUAUCAAGUUAACAGAAUUGAUAAGUAAUCCCAACACCCUCAGUCAUAAACGGAGAGCAGAGUUCCUCCUCCUCUUACAUAUGUUGCAAAGAAAAAUAAGCAGAGACAUGUACCCAGAAAGGUUUGAGGUCAAGCCAACAGUGGGAAAGCUUGCGUUUGAUCAUCUUUCUACCAAAGGUUCUAGAUGCAAACUGAAACCAGUGCCUUCAAAGAAAAACAGCUCUUCUGUUUUCUCGAUUGGUGACUAUACAUACCUGCAGAAUUUACUAUGA